AGCGGGGGAGGUCGCGUGACGCGUUGAGGUCAGGGCGCGAGCGGAUCCCGGAAGUGCGGGCAGUAGCGCUCGGCUGCUAACGUUCGGACGAGACCACCGAGCGGCGCCGCCGGGGGGGUGGUGGUGUUGGGGCGCCGCUUCAGGAAGCAACCAUGACGAACUUCAUCUCGGUGCAGCUGAAGAAGGCGUCGGAAGUAGACCUGGCUAAGCCGCUAUGCAAGUUCAUCCAGCAGACCGGCCGCUGCCUUGACAAGCACGAAAGUGCUCUCGAGACGCUCAUGAGGUACUAUGAUCAGCUGUGUUCCAUAGAGCCAAAGUUUCCAUUUUCUGAAAAUCAGAUCUGUGUCACCUUUACGUGGAAAGAUGCCUUUGAUAAAGGGUCACUCUUUGGAGGAUCUGUCAAACUUGCCCUGGCAAGCCUGGGAUAUGAGAGAACCUGCGUUCUGUUCAACUGUGGAGCAUUAGCUAGCCAGAUUGCAGCAGAACAGAAUCUGGAUAAUGAUGAAGGACUGAAAGCUGCUGCUAAAUAUUAUCAGUUUGCUAGUGGUGCCUUCCAACACAUUAAAGACACCGUCUUAUCUGCAUUGAAUAGAGAGCCCACAGUUGACAUCUCUCCAGAUACAGUUGGAACCCUCAGUCUUAUUAUGUUGGCUCAAGCUCAAGAAGUGUUUUUCUUAAAAGCUACCAGAGAUAAAAUGAAAGAUGCUAUAAUAGCUAAACUAGCUAAUCAAGCUGCAGAUUAUUAUGGUGAUGCUUUUAAACAGUGUCAGUAUAAGGAUACUUUGCCCAAGGAGGUGUUUCCUGUUCUGGCUGCAAAGCACUGCCUUAUGCAGGCCAAUGCACAAUACCACCAAUCUAUCCUGGCAAAGCAGCAGAAGAAAUUCGGCGAAGAAAUUGGGAGACUACAGCAUGCAUCAGACUUGGUAAAAACGGUGGCAUCUCGUUAUGAUGAGUAUAUAAACGUAAAAGAUUUAUCUGACAAAAUCAGCCGUGCCCUUACAGCUGCCAAGAAGGACAAUGACUUCAUAUAUCAUGACCGAGUUCCUGACCUGAAAGAUCUAGAGCCCAUUGGCAAAGCCAGUCUUGUAAAAUCGACCCCAGUUGUUAUUCCUAUCAGUCAGAAGUUCACAGAUCUUUUUGAGAAGAUGGUUCCUCUGUCAGUACAGCAGUCUCUGAGUGUCUACAAUCAGAGAAAGGCUGAUUUAGUAAAUAGAUCAAUAGCCCAGAUGAGGGAGGCCACCAAUUUGGCAAAUGGAGUAUUGGCAUCCCUCAAUUUGCCUGCUGCUAUUGAAGAUGUAUCUGGUGACAGCGUUCCCCAGUCUAUUCUGCAGAAGUCUAAGUCUGUGAUUGAACAGGGAGGUGUUCAAACGGUUGAUCAGCUGAUCAAAGAUCUGCCUGAACUACUACAGAGGAAUAGAGAAAUCUUAGAUGAAGCACUGAGAUUGUUGGAUGAAGAGGAGGCCACGGACAAUGAUCUAAGAGCAAAAUUCAAAGAACGUUGGCAAAGAACACCAUCUAAUGAACUGUACAAACCUUUGAGGGCAGAGGGAGCCAAUUUCAAUAAUAUUUUGAAUAAAGCGGUGCAUGCAGAUGGGCAGGUUAAAGAACGCUAUCAGUCUCACCGGGAGACAAUUGCACUCCUCUGUAAGCCAGAACCAGAAUUGAAUGCAGCCAUUCCUUCUGCUAAUCCAGCAAAAACCAUGCAGGGAACUGAGGUUGUUAACGUUCUAAGAUCUUUACUGGCUAACCUGGAAGAGGUUAAGAAGGGGAGAGAACAACUUGAGAAUGACUUGAAAUCAGUAAAUUUCGACAUGACAAGCAGAUUUCUGACUGCACUUGCACAGGAUGGGGCUAUAAAUGAGGAAGCCAUUUCUGUUACUGAAUUGGAUCGGAUUUAUGGAAGUCACACACACAAAGUGCAGGAGUCCCUUCAAACGCAAGAAGAACUUCUCAAAAAUAUUCAGAAUGCGCAUCAGGAAUUUUCGAAGAUGAAACAAUCAAACAAUGAAUCUAAUUUAAGAGAAGAAGUUUUGAAGAAUUUAGCUGUAGCGAAUGACAACUUUGUGGAACUUUUAGCCAAUUUAAAAGAAGGCACAAAGUUCUACAAUGAAUUGACAGAAAUUCUGGUGAAAUUCCAAACCAAAUGCAGUGACAUUGUUUUUGCUCGCAAGACUGAAAGAGAAGAACUUCUAAAAGACUUGCAGCAAAGCAUUGCAAGAGAACCCAGUGCUCCCUCUAUUCCAUCACAGCCUGCAUAUCAGACCAUGCCUGCAGGAGGAAGCAAACCAGUUUCAUCAACUACUCCAACUCCUGCACCCAGAACUAUGGUGCCUAGUAAUAAACCACAACCACCAGCACGCCCUCCACCACCAAUGAUUUCUUCAGCAAAUACAUCCUCCUCUUCUGCACCGGCGGCCACUGGAGCUACUGCUUCUCCAGCAGCACCAGCAGCUGGCUCGUCCGCAGCUGGUGGUACACCAUCACAGGCACAAGGACCUCCUUAUCCCACUUAUCAAGGAUACCCAGGGUACUGCCAGAUGCCAAUGCCAAUGGGCUACAACCCUUACAUGUAUGGCCAGUAUACUAUGCCAUAUGCCCCUUCACCUAUGUAUCCAAACCCUGGACAAGCACCGUAUCCAGCUCCUCAACAGCCUGGAUAUCCUUACCCUCAACAGCCUUAUUACCCACAGCAGUAACAAGUCUGUGAAGAAACUAUGCUUGUUUUAAAUUUGAAAGAAACUUGCAAUAAGCAUACUAAAACUUUAGCUCCAGUUAAUGUAUCUUACUGAAUGCAGUCUGUAACUCCUAUCUAUUGUUAAUGCUCAAACAUGUCUAGAUCAGUUUCUGAUUAAGCUAAACAUCUUGAGAGAUUUGUUGCUGCUGCUGCUGCAGUCCAACAUUAGGCAUGAUGUAAGAAUUAAAUUACUGCAUAAUUCAACGGUGUGAAACUGUACACUCACUUAAACUAGACCAAAUAUUUCUUUUCAGAAAUCUUAUAAAUAGAUCAUUGGGAUUUGACAUGAAGUGCUGAAAACUGGGUGUGAUAUAUUCUAUGGAACUACAUAGGGUUUCCUUCUAUAUUCUAUUGGUUUGUAUUUUUUGAGUUUAGUUACAAUAUGCUAUUUUGUCUAAUACUCAAGGCCUUGUAAAUCAUAAGCAGAAAAAAUAAAUACAUUACUUAAGAA